AUGGACCGAGAGCGCCCCCCCUCGAGCGACGUUUCGCUAGUUGCAAGCAGCGCUACGGGAGACUCUUUCAUGGACGAAGGUAUAUGGUUCUUGCAGCCAGAUCACCAAGAUGAAAUCCAAAUCGAACUGGACGAUGCGCGCGGCGUCCCCACGGUCAAAGGAGGCACAGCAGGCGGGUUAGUGGCACACUUGACGCGCCAUGACAAGCUGGAUGGCGCGUUCAACCACAUGUUUCUUCUCACAUAUCGCUCCUUUAUGACGAGCGCCCAGCUGUUCCAAAUGCUUAUGGAGCGCUUCUAUAUUCAGCCCCCGGGCGGACUGACCCAGGCUGAGUACCAGAUAUGGCUCUCUCAGAAAAAGAAGAUCACGCAAGUUCGAGUGAUAAAUGUGCUCAAGCGCUGGCUGGAGAAUUUCUGGACAGAGCCCGAUGACCAAGAUACCAACAAUCUCCUUCGUAAGAUCCACGAAUUUACACUAGACUCAAUUCCUGCCCUGAGGAGCUCGGUGUCGCACGGACUGGUCGCCGUUAUUGAACAGCGACUCCAGGGAGAUCGACGGUCAAAAAUCCGCCAGCGCGUUUCAAUACAGGGUGCGAUCUCUCCCCCACCGGUGCUUCCGAAGAAAACGAAGAAAAUCAAAUUCCUGGAUAUCAACCCGACUGAGAUAGCCCGUCAAUUAACUCUACUUGAGUCCGAACUAUAUAACGAGAUACGGCUGGAAGAGUGCUUAAACAAAGCAUGGCAGAAGAAAACAACGAACUCUGGGGACGUGGAACUAGCACCGAAUAUCAGAUCCAUGAUUCGACAUUCGAACCAGCUGGCUAAUUGGGUCGGAGAGCUGAUUCUCGAGCAACCAGAAAUGAAAAAGCGUGUACGGGUAAUAAAGCAUUUUGUGGAGGUCUUAGAGGCUUGCUACGAGAUGAAAAACUAUUCCACGUCCAUAGCCAUUGUCUCCGGCCUUGGUACAGCACCGAUAUACCGGUUAGCUCGUACUUGGUCUCAAGUCAGCGAACGCUCCAUGGCUACUUUUGAACGGAUAAGAGGACUUGUGAAUAGCACAAAAAACUUCAAUGUGUACCGUGAGACUAUGAACGCUGCAGAGCCCCCCUGCGUUCCAUUCCUUGGAGUCUUUCUUAUGGAUUUGACCUUCAUUGAAGAUGGCAACCCAAGCCAGUCAUCAUUAGGCAUCAUAAAUUUCAGCAAGCGAGCCAAGGCAGCGGCGGUGAUCCAGGAUCUUCAACGAUAUCAGGCCUCCGAGUAUUCAUUUCAGCCGGUUCCGGAGCUACAGGAUUACCUAGUCAGUUGUGCACAGACAGCUGACGAUAUUAAUGACAAGCAUGAGCGGAGUUUGGAGCUCGAGCCACGAACACGCGCAGAAAACAAUGCUGGAGGCGCCCCAUACGUUUCCACUGGGAGCCACAUGGGCGCAAUCCUCAUGGCAAGCAUGGCUAUGGAGUAA